AUGAGUAUCGUUUUCCAACGUCAGGUCUUAUCAAUAAUGACCCCGUCAACGACGCACGUUGCGAACGCGAGUAAACACUCAAUUUGGGCAAAAGUGAUUGACGACGGGAAGAAAGUCAUCGAGGACGUGGUGAUUCUGCUGCCUGGAGAUGUGGCAGUCAGAAUUAAAAGAGCCAAUGAUUUCGCUGCAGAACACGGAUUCACCAAGAUAAGCCCCCGAGUGGCAACUCCAUUCUACGCUGGCGAUCGUAUGUUGUGGGCGCUCAAGACAAAAGUUUACGUCAGUGCGUACUAUGGACCCCGAAAUGGAGCCAUUCGCGAAAUUUGUUCCGCUCAUCCAGUGCCAGCCAACUACAGUGUGAUAAUCGCCAAGGAUAUGACACUUCGAGCUACCAAGAUGGGUGAGCUGUGGGAGGACACCGCCGGAAAUCGCCACUGA